ACCUAAAGUAGAUAGAGCCCGGGUGUACACGCUACAUCAUAUGUAGGACUAAUAAGGGGCCUUUAAUAACAUGUAUAAGCCAAGUAUUGAUUCUUACAGCACAAAUGCCAAUCCUUCCAUCCCAACACGUUACAAAUUGGCUUGCCGGCGACGGCGACGGCGACGACGACCACAACAACGACAACAACAACACCACUAAGCCGCCAACGCUCGCUCAUAAUGUGAUUGUAUUACGUAGCGUUGUCGAAAUCGUCGUCUUGUUUUCUUCACUCGUCCCUCACGGGGCUCGCUGUACACACCAUUGCCCGUCUUUCUGCCUGCGUCCAUGGCUCGAGCCUCGUCGCCCCCGUUGCCAUCAUCCAACAUGUCUCGACGGUGGGCGCGUAGAAUAGAGCGCUAUUGCUGUCGCGGCCUGACAUAUUUCCCCCUCACCUUCGUUUACGGGAUCACCACAUGGGCUGUCUGGGUCGUUGUCAAGAUAGGUUCCUUUCCUGUACCCAAGGGUGCGCCAAAGGGCUGGACUGGAACCGGCUCUUCCAUCGGCGGUCUUGCCCUUUACACCAUGCUCAACUGGUGCUACACAACUGCCGUCUUCACUGAUCCUGGAAGCACCACAAAUGACAUGGGAUACUCGAGUCUGCCCACCUCCGCCGUGCCGAUAGCAACCUCGUUCACUGUUAAGUCCAAUGGAGAGCUCCGGUUUUGCAAGAAAUGCCAGGCUCGGAAACCUGAUCGUGCGCACCACUGCUCAACAUGCCAACGCUGUGUGCUGAAGAUGGACCACCACUGUCCCUGGCUGGCUACCUGCAUCGGCCUCAGAAAUCACAAAGCCUUCUUGCUUUUUCUGAUUUACACCACUAUCUUCUGCUUAUAUUGUUUUGCCGUGUCCGGGACAUGGGUUUACGAUGAGCUCCUAACUCAAACACAAUAUACUGACACCAUAUUGCCGGUCAACUUCAUUCUACUUGCCGUUAUCUCAGGGAUAAUCGGGCUCGUCGUUGGUGCCUUCACUGGCUGGCACAUUUGGUUGGCCAGCCGAGGGCAAACCACCAUUGAAUGCUUGGAAAGGACGCGGUACCUCAGUCCACUACGGAAGACUUUGCAGCACCAGUUUGUAGCCCAGCAUAAUGGAGACGGUAUAGCACUACCUAAAUAUGGCCAGCAACUUCUUGAUAUGCAUGCCAAUGCGCUACCAGGGGUUACGCGACCAGAAGAGGGUGAGGUCACACUUUCCAGAAACGAUGGAAUGCCUCCACACGCAUCAUACGAAGAAAUGGAACGAUACCGUGCUCGUAAACGGUAUGAGGAAUAUAUGGACGAGCAAGAUUCGGAGAAGCUACCAAAUGCUUUUGACCUCGGCAUAAAACAAAAUCUGUUGAAUUUGUUUGGUCUUCGGCCUGCUCUUUGGGCCUUGCCUAUACCGACUACGGUGAACAAUGGCUGGACAUGGGACCCCAAUCCCAAGUGGCUAGAAGCGCGAGAUCGUCUUGCAAAUGAGCGCGAAGCCCAGAGACAGCGGGAACGCGUUGCCGGUUGGGGUGAACCUGAUACACCAGUAACACCUUUUUAUCCGGAUCAACCUCAGGGUGCCGGCAGACACUACUUGGCAUCGCCAGUACCAUCCAGUGGACGGCGGACCCCCUCAAAGGCGGACCGAAUCCUAGGCCGAGACCCUAAUCUCUACGCGGAUGAGCCAGCGAGUUCUAUGUCCAUGAAGACAUUAGAUCGAAGUGGCCGUGUUCUCAAAGACGAGCUAUAUAUGAUCAGCGAUGAUGACGAUGAGAUAGGAGAAGCAACUGCAGAACAUAGAGCUAUGGACGUUGUUACAAAUGGAGCUUGGGCUCGGAAUGGAGUCAAUGGCUUGUUUAGAAAACCAACCAUGGGUAAUAAUAAGACCUCACAGAAACACGUUCCUCAUGAAGAUGAAGGAGUGGAUUGAUGAACUUGGCUAUGAUCUUUUUUCUAGGGGAUGGGUAUCACAUAGGAUUCAUUGCGGUUACCGGGAUUACCACUUCCUUGAUAAUGAAUCUGCAUGGCCAUGGCGUUAGGUUUUGUACUUUAUCAGAAGUCUCUUACAGACUCAAGCAUCGAUUGUAUUGCAUUUAUCAUGUAUUAUGCUAUUGCUGACUCGGGAAUCAUGUGGUUAUCAUGGGGUUUACACGCGAUAUUCUGGCUUGUACACACGCACACGCACAUAUGUAUAUACGUAGAUCUAUAAAUGGCAUCACUAAUUCAAGAUAGUUGGCGCCAGCCUACCUUCCAAUUUGUGCUUGACAUCCAGAUGGGCCUG